AUGGUCGAUGUCACUAUGUCCGCUCGACUAAGGAAUCUUAGAGAGAUUCAUAGUUGGCUUUAUUCAAUGUUUGCGCAUCGUAUGCGCUAUGGUGGUAGAAAGAUGUUGAAUAAUAGUGACGCGAAUCUAAUCAUGAAGCACGCGGAUACCCGUACCUUCCUCAAUCAUUACCUUCCGCGACACGUUGAUACGGACAUGCAAAGUAUGAUGAACGGCCGCGAAUCUAACAAAUCUCUGAUGCGUGUAAUCACCCGCAUGAGCAGGUGGAUCGACACGAGGCGUCCUUAA